GCACAGCAAAGAACAUUCUGCAGUUUAAGAGUGUUCAAAGGGGAAAUAUGAGUCUGGCAUGUCUUGUGUGCCAUAGCGUGGAAAGCCCGUCUCGCUCCUUUAGGAGUUACUCUGUUUCAAGUUCCGACAAUGAGGGAAGAUGUUCUGCAAUCAGCAACUGCUUGACCAGGAAGAUAUCACUUGCACACGCAACGGCGAACACUCAUUUUGCAUCAUCAUCUAAGGUGACCCCACAACCAGCUGUUCCUAGUAAUGUAGUUACAGGUACCCCAAGACUCGUCCGAAGCCGUGCUGUUAGGAGGGACAUCGUGAGAGACUGGAAUUUUGAUGGAGUCGGGAUGGAGCGUUAGUCUAUGAAUUUGGAGUACAAAGUGUACAACACUCCCUGGAGUGCGCAGUUAGCAGAGUAGAAGGCUCUUGUCCUGUUGUGGUGUCAGAUAGGAGAUAAGAGCUUUGAAGUUAUUUGUCGUUAUUUUUCUCUAGUUUGGGUGCAAGUGAACUUUUUCUUUGUAGUGUGAGUGUGGGGGCAUCUGUGCUACUGGAGAAAUUUAACUUUGAAGCAUUUUGUUCAUAUUUCUUUCAUUUGUGUACUGGGUGUAUUUGUCAUUGUGCUCCUACCCAUUAUGCAUAUGUUUACGCCAUGGCAGCCUGGCUUGUGGAGCCUUAAUAUGCUUCUAGUUUGCAUUAUGCCUGAUAUUUGGAUUCUCGAUUCUUUGGUAAGUUUUUUUGUGUAUCUUUU